AUGGCGCCCCAGGCGUUUCACGCGCUGCAGGUCUUCAGCGCGCCGGAGGAGGUGGCGCUGCUGGGGCCGGAGGAACGAGAGAAGACCAUCCAGAAGCUGAUCAAGAGCACUGGACCAGAAGGCUUCCCGCCGCUCUCGCUGACAAGCCAGGCAGCCAUCAGCAUGUCAGAGGAGCUGCUGGUGAUGCUGGUGAUGUUUAUCUGGAUGGGCGGCCCGCUGUUCAUGUUCUUCGGCGGGCUGGCGGUCUUCCUGCUAGGAACUUGGCCUGUGAAGGCGGCCUACGUGACGCUGGCCGCCUUCUUGGCGUAUCACCCGAUGCCGGGGAAGGCCUUUACUGCGGCGCUGAUCCGCUCGCAGUUCACCCGGGCGCUCUACAAGUACUUCUCCUACCGCUUCGUGUGGUGCGACGACCAGGCGGAGUUCGCGCGCGCGCACGGGCCUUGGAUCGGCACGGGGCCGCCGCACGGGGUGCUGCCCUUUGCGAACCUCAUCGGCAUCCCAGCGAUCAACACCUUCCUGGGGUGCUCCUUCAUCGGCACCGCGGCCUCCGUGGUCUUCCACACCCCGGUGCUGAGGUAUAUGACCCUCUUCGGAGUUGUCACGGUGGAUCGGAAAUCCAUUGUGAAGGAGAUCCAGCGAGGAAACUGCGUGGGCAUCGUGCCCGACGGCGUCGCGGGCAUCUUCCGAACCAACCGCCACAAGGAGCUGCUGGCCAUGAAGGACAAGAAGGGCGUUGCGCGUCUGGCGCUCAAAACCGGCACCAACGUGCUGCCGGCCUACUCCUACGGCAACACGGCGGCCUUUUCCUGUUGGUACGACCGCUGGGGCAUCCUGGAGUCGGUGUCCCGCAAGGCGCAGGCCUCGCUCUUCCUCUACUGGGGCCGCGGUUUUUUGCCCAUCCCCCGACGCGUGCAGAUCACCAUGGCCUUUGGCAAGGUGAUCGAGGUGGCGAAAGUGGAGAACCCCAGCGAGGAGGAGGUGGACCAGUUGCACCAGAGGAUCCUCAGCGCCACCAAGGAGAUGUUCGAUCUGCACAAGCACUCCCUUGGCUGGGGUGACAAAGAGAUGCAGUUCGUGUAA